CAGACUAGUCUGAUCUAUCUGUAGUUAACUUGGUAGUUGAGAUUCUUUCUCCAACAUAUGUGUGUGUGUGUGUGUUUCUGUAAAGUUUUGAUCCACUUGCAGAAAUAAUGGCUUCCAAUCUAGCUUACCCCCUUUUCUUCAUUGUUCUCGUGAUCCUUCCUUGUUACACCAUGGCUCAAACGUCGAAGAACAUUUCUUUAGGUUCAUCCCUCACUGCCAAAAACGAUGAUAACUCAUCUUGGUCAUCCCCAUCUGGUGAGUUUGCUAUUGGCUUUCAACAGAUUGUGAAAGAUGGUUUCUUACUAGCCAUCUGGUUCGACAAGAUACAAGAGAAAACAAUUGUGUGGUCAGCCAAUGGAGACAGUCUUGUGCCACAAGGAUCAAAAGUUGAGCUCACCAGUGAUGGCCAAUUUGUGCUCAAUGAUGCAAAGGGCAAUCAAGUAUGGUCUGCCGAUUAUUCUACUAGUACCGGAGUUUCCUAUGCAGCGUUGCUCGACACUGGAAAUUUUGCGAUUGCUAAUCAAAACUCCACCUACUUGUGGGAGAGUUUUGAUGAGCCAACUGACACAAUGCUUCCCACACAAAGUCUCAAGCAGAAUGGCGUACUGUAUGCUCGCUACACGAAUACAAAUUACUCAACAGGUAGAUUCAUGUUUACACUACAAUCUAAUGGACAUCUCUUGCUUUACACCACAAAUUUCCCUCAAAAUUCGGCCAAUUCAGAAUAUUGGUCAGCCAAAUAUACUGAUAUUGGAUUUCAAGUCAUCUUCAAUCAGUCUGGCCUUAUUUACUUUACAUCCAAGAAUGGGAGCAUACUGAGUACAAUAUCAGCCAACCCCAUCGCAUCCCAAGAUUUCUACCAGCGAGCUACACUCGAGUAUGAUGGAGUUUUGAGGCACUAUACAUACCCUAAAAUCAGUAGCUCAAGCGAGGGAAGGCCUAUGGCAUGGUCUACUGCUUCUUUUAUACCACCAAAUAUUUGCACGUCAAUUGUCCAAGCUAGAGGAUUUGGUGCGUGUGGGUUCAAUAGCUUGUGUCAGCUUGAAGAUGCAGGACCAACUUGUCUAUGUCCAGAAGGUUACAGUAUUCUUGAUCCUAAUGAUAAGCUCAAAGGAUGCAAGCAGGACUUUGCUCCACAAAGUUGCGAUGCUGCAGAUGCCCCAGAUGAGUUUGACUUGAAAGAGAUGAAAAACACUAAUAUGCCAUUUUUGGAUUACGAGCUUUUCCUACCUGUGUCUGAGGAUUGGUGCAGACAGAGUUGCCUAGAGGAUUGCUUUUGUGUUGUUGCCAUUUUCAACAGCGGAGGACAGUGCUAUAAGAAGGGACUCCCUUUUUCAAAUGGAAGGAUUGAUCCUAGUCUUACUGGGACGAAAGCUCUUGUCAAAAUAAGAAAAGACAACUCUACUUUAAAGAAUGGAGGAGCCAAUUUUACAAAGAAAGAUGAUUCAACUUUGAUCAUUGUAGGAUCAGUGCUCCUUAGUAGCUUGGGGAUUCUGAACUUCAUCUUACCUCUGGUAACAUAUGUGGUUGUUUCUCGAACGUUUUCUAGAAAGGCUCUAGAAGUUCAACCUUACAAAGGCAUGAAUUUGAAGUAUUUUACUUAUGAGGAGUUAAAGAAAGCUACAAAUGAGUUCAAGGAAGAACUAGGCAGCGGUGCUUCGGCAACAGUUUUCAAAGGAGUGUUAGCAUGUGACGAAGGAAAAUGUGUUGCAGUCAAAAUAUUAUAUGCGAAGGUUGGAGAAAAUGAUAUGGAAUUCAAUGCUGAGGUGAGAGCAAUUGGGAGAACUAAUCAAAGGAAUUUAGUCCAACUUCUUGGAUAUUGCAACGAGGGGAAGCACCGAAUUCUUGUGUAUGAGUAUAUGAUCAAUGGUACUUUAGCAAGCUUCCUUUUCGGAGAGGCAAGGCCAAACUGGUACCAAAGAAGGCAAAUUGCAUUAGGAGUUUCAAAGGGGCUCUUCUAUUUGCAUGAGGAGUGCAGCAACCAAAUUGUACAUUGUGACAUUAAGCCUCAAAACAUUCUCCUCGACGACACAUUCACAGCUAAAAUCUCCGAUUUUGGAUUAGCCAAGCUUUUGAGACUUGACCAAACUCGCACUAUUACAGGGAUUAGAGGAACAAGAGGGUACGUGGCACCUGAAUGGUUCAAGAACUUGCCUAUCACAACGAAGGUGGAUGUCUACAGCUUUGGUAUUUUGCUGUUGGAGAUCAUUUGUUGCAGAAAGAAAUACGACGAAGAAUCAGCAGAUGAAGAUCAAAUAAUUCUUGCAGACUGGGCUUAUGACUGCUAUAACCAAAGGAAACUACAUCUGUUGCUGGAGAAAAAUGAUGAGACAAAUGAAGACAUCAAGAUGAUGGAGAAGUACGUGAUGGUCGCAAUGUGGUGCAUUCAGGAAGAUCCAUCACUGAGACCUUCCAUGAAGAAAGUCAUUCAUAUGCUUGAAGGGAUUGUUGAUGUGCCGAUUCCACCUGAUCCAUCUUCUUUUACAAGUUCCAUACUUUUGGACCUUACACAUUAGUUAGUGUUCAAAUAAUUACAUUUGGGAAAUGUGGCAUAAAAUCUUGUCUCCAAAUCAUUUUCCAUUUUCCAUCUAUUGGAAAUCAUCUGUAUAUUAUUUAUGUAAUUUUAUAUUUUGAUUGUAUGUUAUUUAUGUAACUUCAUAUUUAGUUUGUUUAUGAGAAUUCGAAGGAGAAAAGGG